AUGAGCGAGACCAAUUUUGAUAAAGCCAUUUUUGAAGAAGCAAGCGAGUUUGCGGGUGGAAUUUGGGUGAUGUGGAAUUUUAGUAUAACUAAGAUGGAUAUUAUUAGCCAAUCACGUCAGUAUAUUCACAUGAGAAUUGAAAUUGAGAACUUUAGUAGCUUCCUUUGUACGGCUAUUUAUGCUAAUCCUCAUGAGGAAAUAAGACAUGAGAUGCGGGAGGAAGUUAAAGACAUGAGCAUGUCAAUCAGUGAGCCUUGGUUAAUGGUAGGUGAUUUCAUUGAUAUAAGGAGUAGUAAUGAAAAAAUAGGUAGUUCGAUUCCUAAUUUUGUUAAAUGUCAAAGGUUCCAAGCUUUCUUGGAUAGUUGUCAGGUGGAGGAUGUGGAAUGUAAGGGUUCUAAAUUUACAUGGCAGGUGCCAAAGUGGAAUCAUCUGGAUAGGUGUUCAAGAAGCUUGAUAGAGUUUGUUCGAAUCAAUCUAAUGAAGGAUAAAUGGCAAGCAGAAAUAGAGGUUAACCAUAUACUUUCUAAUUUUACUCUUCAUUUAAAAAAGUGGAAUAAAGAAGUUUUUGGGAACAUUAAUAAUAGAAAAAAGAAGCUUUCUCGGAGAAUUGAAGAUAUUCAAAUUCUAAGGGAACAAAGGGAUAAUCCGGGGCUUACGGAGUUAGAGGAGCAUCUGCAGAAUGAUUUGAAUAUAACGCUGGAUCAAGAGGAACUUAGUGGUUCCAAAAAUCUAGGCACAAAUGGAUUGUAG